UUCUGUUGUUUCACGUCGUAACUAAAUACGUAACGGACUACCAAACGAAACACACGGUAGAAGCAAAAAGGCUUUCCCCCUCUCCCCCCCCCCUCUUUUCCUUAAGAGCAUGUAACAUAAUUUCUUUCCCCUUUUGAUUUUGUUUCAUUUUCUGUAAAGAUGUUUGCAAAACCGUUUCGUGUUAAAUCCAACAUCGUAAUGAAGGGAUCCGACAGGAGAAAGCUCAAGGCUGACGUUUCAACAGCCUUCCCUUCCUUGUCUUCGGAUGAACUAAUAGAGCUGGUUCCGAGCAAAGAGGAUUUCAAUGUCGUGAAGAUAUAUGCCCACAAGGGAGACGCUGUGACAUUAUAUGUAGGACAUAAAAACCCGCUCUUCUUUGAAGUGGAUAAACAGCUUUAUCCUACAGUCUAUAUGCUCUGGCGCUACCCUGCUGUGCUACCUGCAUUCAGGACAUGGCCUCCUGUGCUUCACAAGAUGAUCGGAGGAGCUGAUCUCAUGCUUCCAGGUGUGGUUGUGCCUUCCAGUGGACUCCCAGAUAUAAAACAGGGUGACCCCUGUGCUAUUACACUUGUUAAUAAUAGAGCUCCAGUUGCAAUUGGCACAGCUGCAGUUUGCAGUGAGGAAAUGCUCAAUUUGGGCAUGAAAGGGAGAGGGGUGUGUGUUUUACACACAUAUAUGGAUCAUCUCUGGGCUUUUGGAGAAAAGUCCAGUCCUCCCACUUUGCCAGAUGCAGAGAGUGAAAGGCCAGAUGUGAAUGGUAAAGAAUGUGCGACUGAUGAGCAAGAAGAAGGUGAAGAGGAGAAUCCGGAGGAGAAAGGUGAGCACACUUCAGUGCAGGAGCAGCAAACAAGCGAGCUGGUCAGAGACCAAGCACAUCCAGCUCUGACACACCAGGAAGAAGGGGAAUUUGAAGACGCCAAGGAGGAAGGGGAGCAGGUCCAGGAUGAUGAGGAGUCACCACAAGAGGUCAUGGACGCUCUACUUUGGCAAUGUUUCCUCUUGGCUCUCAAAAGCAAGGUGAAGAAAUCAGAGCUCCCCCUGCUGACAAGCACUUUUCUCCGGAACCACAUGUUUUCCUGCUGCCCAAGCGGAAAGCAACUCGAUAUUAAAAAGUCUAGCUAUAAAAAGCUCUCCAAGUUCCUGCAGGUCAUGCAGAAGCAGCAUAGCAUUAUUCGUGUGAAAGAACUGACGAAGGGUGUGGAGAGUAUUGUGGAGGUGGACUGGGAAAGCCCAGAACUACACUUCUCUGUUCCAAAAGCGACAGAUGUGGCAAUACCACUCGGAGAAACACUGUAUCAUCCUCCUGAAAUCACCACUUUAUACUCGGUGUCAGUCCGACUGGAGCCUCUUUUUCAGGAUGCAAACAAAAGGAAAGGUGUGACAUUGCAGCCUGCUGAGGUGAGAAGCAUCGUGACUGAGUAUGUAAAAAAGAAUGAUCUGGUAGAUGGAAACAACAAGAAUUAUGUGAGAAUCAACCCAACAUUGUGUGACUGUUUGCUUGAGAAAGCAGAGUACCAGGACAUACAGACACUCAAUUGGGAUGACCUUUUCACCAGGACAUUGAGAAGAAUGCAGGAGUGCUAUCAAAUAGUGUUUCCUGGACAAUCACCCCAAAUAAAGAAGGGACAUAUUGAGCCCAUAGAUGUCUCAGUGGCUUACCGAGGCUCCAAUAAGAAGGUAACUGUAAUAAAGAACCUGGAAGUAUAUGCUUUGGAUCCUUCUGCUGUUGCCACUGCAUUGCAGCACAGAGUUCAAGCCAGUUCAGUCCUGCAACCAAUUCCCGGGGCCAAAGACAGGGUCCUGGUCCAAAUUCAAGGCAAUCAGAUUCAACAAAUUGGACAUUUGCUGCUAGAUCAUUAUCGAGUUCCUCGCAAGUACAUCCAAGGGUUAGACAAAGUUGCUAAAGGUAGAAAGAAGAAGUAGGAUUUUAAUGUUACACUGGGUAUUCUGCCUGCAUAGUUUACACAGCUGCUCUACUGUUUAACAGCAUUCCUGUGGGCCUUUUGUCUAAAAUAUGAUCAUCUUGUGACACCAGAUAAAUGAAACAUCUCUGCAUUGAAUUCUGUUUUUAGAAUACUGUACAUUUGCUGAUGGUAUCUUGUGAUAGCUGGCACACGUUGCUGCUGCAGGGGAAUUAGAUUUGUUGUGACAUCAGCUGUACGCAAAUAUUUAGACCAGGCGCGCUCCAUGCGUCGAUCGUGUGACUACUUAAAAAAAAAACAUCAGCCUAUCACCUGCUUUUGAUGUUCAGCGCUUUGACUUUAAAGCAGCUGAGAAGUUAACAAGUGAUCCCGCAUGGCUUUCAGGAAUUCAUUAAUACCCAAUUUGAUAACAUAGAGCUUUUCAGAGAAACCUUAAUGAUAUCAGUGUUUCCUUAAUGUGAAGUCAUCGCCGUAUAAAACGAAAAUUUUGGCAUUGCAGAAUGUGCUCUGCAUUUAUCUUAUCAGCCAGUUAGAUGGUGGCGCGUAGAGGAAAUGAAGGGAAAGUAAGGUUGAGAAAUGAUGAUCACCAUACCGCUACUCCUGGACACCAAAUAGACCGAUUGGACAUCUUGGCCCUGUGGUAAUUGUUAAACCAUUUAUUACAUUGUGCAGGGUUUAUACAACCCUCUUUUUUUUAUAAAAGAUGUACUUGAAUUUAGUGAGAUAUCACUGAAUUUCAUCAUUUCAAAAUGAUUAUUUCUUUGAGGUCUUGUUGUCACAAAUUAUCCAAAUUUACUAAAAACACACAGAAUUGAAAUAUAGAAAGGUGCAAUGCCUUGGGAACUUAUUUCAGCAUCGACUCGUUUUGACUUCUGUUUUCUACAAUUGUUUGUGAGUGUAUGUUUUUAAGAAAAAAAAUAAAUGCUGAAACAGCAAAUG